GGGCCAGCUCCCUGACUGAGUGAAAGUUGACCGGCCGCCCGCUAGAUACCAGCUUCUCCCAGUCCUCUUGGAGACCACUGACAUCCCCGCUGCUGGGGCAGUGAUCGGGGCCCAGCACGGCAAUCCAGCCCACGGGGCUCACACCGCACUCCUCGUCACCAUAUCUGCAUACUUGGGAGGGUCUGUUGCUCUCCAGCCAGCCGUCGAAUUCUGACUUAGGAGUUCUUCUGGUGUCGAACACGAUCCAAGGGUCCAUGUCUGCAGCCAUGGCCUCGGCAGCGUAAGUGUCCGCGGUAAAGGGGGACUCCAUGUCACCUUCAGGCUGCGUCACAGUUUCCUCUUCCUCCAUGAUGCUUCGAAACUUCGGGUCCUGUUAUGGAGGAAGAAAUAGAUGUCUUUUCACAACUUAACUGCUAUUAUACUACUUGAAGCACAUUAUGGGGGAGAAUUAUAUGACAUUUCUUUACAUCGCAGUGUAUUCUCGUCAACUCAUAUGCUAGUUAGCCACGUUAGCUACUUCACCGUCCCUAGUUUAUAGUGAAACGCCAUUGUAUGACAUCUUUCUACAGUCACAUUUGACAACCAAAGAGACACAGGAAUCGUAAACCUUACACCGUUACCUGUGCUGACACAAUCGGCGACGAAUAAGUCCACUCUGCGGCAAAACACGCCGGAGGUUAGUAGCCCUCAACAGCUUUAGAUUGCGCUUGCACACUUAUGUCAGGUGUUACGGUAACAAAUAAGAGCGGUGACGUGCGUGAACGAGUCGAGUUUUUAAACAGUUCUUUGGAGUGACUGACACAAAACUGAUUCGCUUGUUUUUAUUCUUGUUUUAUGCUUUGUUCUUGUCCACCCUUCCUUCGCGGAAUUUGGGCUGUCCACAGCACGCUCCAUUCAGGUUCACGCAGCCAGGGGCGGAUUGGCCUUACACCGUAAGGGCCGGUAUUCAGGGCGGCAGGUGUUGAAAAGAGAAAACAUGAAUCACAAGGCUUCGAUUAGGACACAGUGGUUUAAACAAGACACUGUUUUUUAAAGGUAAACAUGGGACCGAUAAAUAUAUUUGUAAAGUUUCGGAGACAGUAGAGCUGUUCGUAAUCAGGAAAAAGCCGAAAGAAACAAACAAAAAUGUAUGUAUUGUAAUGACCCUUAGGGGUAUUAUGUGUUAUGUGUUGUAUUUGCGCAUGUGUUGCAAAGGAGAUAUAUGUUGAGUGUUACAGUAUUAUGGAUAUAGCCUGUAAGUCGUAGCUAUCAUUCACAACCGGGGGGUGGCGGUAGCCGCAGUAUUAUAACCUGCAUCCGCCUUUAAACGGCAAAGAAGAAGUGACGUAUUCCUCGCGCAUGCGCGGCACUGAUUGCGUUUCCGGUACGGAUUGCGUAGUGCCCUCUUUCCACCGCGUGGAUUCUACACUCUGAAUUCAGCUACUGACGACAACUUUUUUGAAAAGUCACAUUCUUCAACGCUGCAUGAACAUUUCCGGUUACAUCCCGACGACAAUGUCAACCAAUGCUGGCGUAUUGUUAAAUGGAGACGAAGACGCAGAUUUCAAGACGUUUGUCAUCUUAUACUACAAAGCCUUGAAUGGCUGUGGAAUACCUCAAAUGUAUUGGAGGAGCCUAUAUCACAAAAUCACCAACCAGGCUUACAGAUGAGGUUGGACAAGAAUCAAACGUAACAAGAAAGACGAGUGGAGGAAUGAAGAUUAGCCGCAGCAAGAUGGAGUAUACAAUUUAUGAUGCUGGGAAGGUGUUUGGAAUCAUGCAGAUCCAGGAAAAUGAGGAUGAUUGGAAUACUGUUGAAUGUGUAGACAAGGAAAAGUCUGGAACAGUGAUUGGCUCCAAAGUAAUUGUGACCCAAAAGAGUGGACUGCAAACCUCACAGCCAACAAGCAUUUUCUUGGUUGACCAUGCAUGGACAUACCGUGUUGGUCAUGCACGUCAGCAGCUGGAGCAGAUUCCUGGCCUGUUGCAAAGAAUGGCUUCCCUCAUGACAUUGGACUUCAAUGAGAAAGACCCUGCUGCUGACACAGUCCAGCUGGUGAUGGACCGUAUGUGGCUGUACAACCAGACUUACCAACUUUCCCAAGGGUCUGCAGAGGAGAAGGUUCCUGUGUGGUACAUCAUGGAUGAGUUUGGUUCUCAGGUGCAACACUGUGACCAGCCCAGCUGUGGCAUGGCUCCCUUCUUCUAUGCUCAGGAGCAAAUGGCCUACACUGUACUCUGGCCUAUCAUUGACCUGCAAGAGGGAGAUGAAGUAACGCGUGACUUUGCAUAUGGUGAGUCAAACCCUCUGGUUAGACAAUGCCGUUUGUUACCAUGGAUACCUGCUGAUCUUCGAGAGCUUAGUGGCAGAACCACAGAACCACCGGAUUCCUACUAUGAGGCAGUUCUUCAGGAGAACAAAGAGCUCCUUCCUGUGGAAAUCCAACCCUCCACUUUACCCAAGGACAAAAUACUUAAGGUUUACUCUGAAAUGUCACAAGUAACUGACAACUUGACACACACAAGGUUCCAGCUGACAGAUAAUGAGGAGGAGGCCGAUAUAAUUUGGAGCUACAACCACAUCAAAGACUUCAGGAUGCUGAGUGAGGCUCGACCUCAUGUGAUGCUGAAUCAGUUUCCCUGUGAGAACCUCAUCACUGUGAAGGACUGCCUUGCUGCCAUGGCCCGAAGAUUGAACAGUGGUUCAGAUAUAAUACCGGAGACCUUCAACCUUCAGACGGAGCUUCCACAGUUCAUACGGCACUAUCAACUGAGACAGCAAAGGGCCCAAGAUAACCACUGGAUAUGCAAGCCCUGGAAUUUGGCCCGUGGGAUGGACAUACACAUCACUAACAAUCUGAACUGCAUAAUCCGACAGAGAGAGAGUACACCUAAGGUGGUGUGUAAAUACAUUGAGGAUCCAGUACUGUUCAACAGGGAGGACGUAGGAUUGGUCAAGUUUGACAUCCGCUACAUGUUGCUAUUGCGCUCUGCCAAACCUCUGCGUCUCUAUGCCUACAAUGUCUUCUGGCUACGCUUUGCUAACAGACCCUUUUCCCUGGACCGUUUUGAUGACUACCAGAAACACUUUACUGUUAUGAACUAUACAGAAGGUGUGGAGCUGAAACAGGUCCACUACGAUGACUUCAUCCCCAUGUUUGAGAAGCAGUACCCCAAUCACCCAUGGAAGGAAGUGGAAUCAAAGUUGUUUGAAUCAUUCAAGCUUAUCUUCCAAGCUGCUUGUUCUCGACCUGCUCCAUAUGGUAUAUGUCCAUACCCGUCCUCCAGGGCCAUCUAUGCUGUGGAUCUCAUGCUCAAGUGGAAAACACUGGACAAUGGUGAGCGUGUGAUGGUUCCUCAGAUUCUUGAGUUCAAUUUUAGUCCAGACUGCACCCGGGCCUGCUUCUACCACCCAGACUUUUACAACCACAUGUUUCAGACUCUGUUUUUGGACCAGCCCGAGGACUGCCCUGUUACUCAUAUUGCAUGAUUAUUUACUACGCUUAUAUUGAUAUCGCUUUUGGAGUUUUAUCUUGCCAUUCAGCCCAGAGAUUUGUAAAUGACUUACUUUGUUUUUCAAGAAGUUGACAAGGGUAAUUAAAUCCAUUUACAUUAAA